AUGGCUUCCUCUUACCCUGCUGUCGUGCUGCUACUCUUGCUGCGGUUCUCCUGCGGCGCCGUGGCCGUCUCCUCCAGCUACAUCUCAAGGACCACCGAGCAGCAGAUCAUCGCCAGCGCCGCACCUGCGGCAUUUGCUGACGCCGAUGCUGAUGACCAGAGCGACCUGGAGGGGCUGCCUUUCCUCGCGUCGCCCUCCGGGUCCUUCGCUGCUUACCUCCGCCGCGCCACCACCGUGGACAAUGUCGGGGACGUGUGCUACGUCGAGGUCGUCCAGCAGCAGGGCGGUGGCGGCGGGACCAGCAGCGUGUGGGAGUCGGAGUGCACGCCAGUGAGCGGCGCCGACACGUGCGACCUGGCCUUCUCGCCGGUUGGGCUCGAGCUCUUCGCCGGCGGCCGUUCCCUGUGGGACACCGCCGUGGAUUCAGACCCCGAGAUGGUCAGUCUCGACGGCGCGGGCGACAUGAGAAUCGUCAGCAGGGACGGCGUCACGGUGUGGAGGACGCGGGACGAGCCGUGGGCGGGGCAGAGGUGCGGGGCGCCCUUGCCGGUGUCAUCGUCGGCCUCAACUGUCGACGUGCUCCCGCCGCCGAAGGCCACCACCGGGGCGAAGCUUCUGACGCCGCCGGCGGUCACGUCGGCUCUUGCCAGUCCUUGGGGCUCGGACUUCAGUUUCGGAGACCAGACGGCGCCGCCGUUUGACACGGAGCCGGACCAGAUGCUGCCUCCUCCGCCGCCCCCGCCAGCUGACGACGAGGGUUCGACCGACUUGCCUGACCUGCCGCUGCCACCGCCGCCGCCCCCGCCUGAAAGAAUUAGGAAUGAGGUGAUGCGUCGCACCCGAGUCAGCAUACCAGGCGGGGUCCACGUGAUAGGACGUGGUUUCACCGUGUCCACCUUGAGCGGCCGCCAUGGCCAUGGCAAGCUGCUUUUCCGUGCCCGCGCCAUCAUUGUUGACGCCAAGGAAGUCGCGCAUGAAGCGCUUGUAGCAGCGGGAUGCAGUGUGACCCGCCGCGCCACACAGCUGGCACAUGAGGCGACCUCCACCGUUGUUGCCGCUGUUGCCAGAAUAGCCGCCGCCGUUCCCGGGCGGGCCACCACGGCCGCCACCAUUGCCACGGCCACCACCGUUGCCGCGCCCGCCACCACCAGCGUUGCUGCCCCCACUGACGACGAGGGUUCGACCGACUUGCCUGACCUGCCGAUGCCACCGCCGCCGCCCCCGGCUGACCCGUCGACCUACUGGCCAGACCUUCCCCUGCCUCCUCCGCCGGCGGACACGUACCCGAUCCCGAUCCCCGAGACGCCGGAAGUGCCUAUGUACUCCUCACCUCCUCCAGCUCCUCCAACCGCAUUUGUCCCACCUCAGACGCCCCCGUUCGUGCCACCGCCCGGCGCGGGCAUCGCCACGCCACCAGCUUCAUCGGGUGGAGACAGCGGCAUGGCAUUCAUGCCACCGCCUGCCGGCACGCCGCACCCGCACCAUGUGCCCCUGGGGGCUUCGCCUCCGCUAGUGCCGGGCGCGGUGGCGCCGAUCAGUGGCGGGCAUGGCAGGCUCCCGUUCGGGCAGGGGCAAGGCGUGUUCGGCCAGCAGCAGAACCAGCUGCUGAACGGCGGGGGGCAGCCGCUGGAAGACAGCGCCGGCGGGUGGUCGGGCAGGGAGCGCGGCGAAGCGGCCGUGAACUUGGCUUUUGUUGGUGUGGUGGCUCUGUUUUUUGGCCUUUAG